ACACACACACACACACGGCUUCUGCUGGUCUGAUAGCCUAUAAACUGACUUCUUUUAUCCGGGGGUGUUACUUGUGUUGUGAAUUCAAUCCCCUAAGCAGGUGUAGCCAGUCUUGAGCAUUGCCACAUUGAAAACAGGGAAAGGCUCGCUCUGGGGAAGUCAGCAAGCUAGAUGGGGGAUGCAGGCCCAGAUGGAUCCCUUUCCCCCAGCACUCUUCAACCUGCCCUCUUCUAAUGUGUGUUCUCUGCCUCCUUGUGAUAAUCUCUGCCACCAGUUAUGGGGUCCAAGAAGUAAACAAGGUGAAACGCUUUGUUGGCCCGGGGCUGGACGACGUGGUGGGCAUCAGUGUGAUGAUAACCGGAGGCCCGUGGCCAGGCAGGCUCUUCAAGAUGUGCCACAACUACCUGGGAGAGCUUGGUGAAGAUCAGCUGUAUAGCGAAUACAGGCAAGGGGGCCGAGAGGCCCUGGAGAGGCUGUUGUGCAGAGACACCUGUCCAGAAGAGGAGAUGCCUGGCCAGGAGGAGUUCCUCCGGAAGGAACUUUAGCCUUUCCUCGCUCAGGAGAGAGGUCUUUGUGGACCGAGGAUGUGGGUCCAGCUGACCUCUGUGAAUAACAGGACUUUCUCUCCCUUCAGUUUGCAAAAUCCACAGAAGCCUCAUUUCUGGGAGCCACCUCCAUCCUUGGCUCUGCUUGGAUGAAGGCCCUUCCUCAGCCCUCCAAGGGGAGGGGUCAGGGAGCAAUCUCUCCUGGGGCCCCUGGUGGAUGAUCAGGGAAGCCAGAGUCAUAUCUUAGACUUCUUUCCCCAUCUGUGAAUUACAGAUCAUAUAUCUCCCUUUUGUCCUCCCUCCCUCCCCUUCCUCCUUCUACAUCCCCUGACUCUUCCUCUUUUUCCUUCUCUUUUUCCCCUUUAUGGUCUCCUGGCUCCAGUCUCUGAUGGGGGAGGGGCAGGCAGGGGAGGAUGUUUUGGGGUCUUGGAGCCGUCCUGUCCUAUUAUCAUCUGGUCCACCAGACUUGAAUAAAAUAAAAUAUCCUGUCUCCA